GGCUGAAUAGUUGCCAUAGCAACGUAAACAAAGUUAAAGAACACCACCUGAGCAAGGUUCAACUCGUUUUAAGGGGGUGCAGAGCCCGCGCUCUCUUGGCCUCUCUCUUGCAGCUGCUUCUGCGCCCCCCAGAUAGCAGAUAGACGCUGUACUGGGGGAGUCACUGUACCCCGGAGCUAGUGGGUUCUUCAGCAGCCAGAAUCCAUACUGAAUGACACAGGAAGAGUGAUACAUCAUUAGGUGAUCUCUUGAAGGAAGAGUUUUUAACAAUCCCACUCCUUCAAAAUGGCAGCAGUACCAUCUACAUCCCAGAAGAUCGUACCAUCUGCAUCCCAGAAGAUCGUACCAUCUGCAUCCCAGAAGAUCGUACCAUCUGCAUCCCAGAAGAUCGUACCAUCUGCAUCCCAGAAGAUCGUACCAUCUGCAUCCCAGAAGAUCAUACCAUCUGCAUCCCAGAAGAUCUUACCAUCUACAUCCCAGAAGAUCUUACCAUCUCCAUCCCAGAAGAUCUUGCCAUCUCCAUCCCAGAAGAUCGCGACCUUGGACGACCUGCGUUUGACUCUGUGUAGUGGUCCUGUAACCGGGGCUAUAGAAGUAUCAAAGGAGACCACAGUCAAUGAGGGAAACCAAGAUGAGGGAGGAAACCCUUUCCACAUGUCCCCAGACCUAGACUUCUUCCUGCUUCGAGACAAAGAGAAGGAAAAGCAGAGGGUGGAAAGAGAGGCAAAGAAACGCAUGAGAGUCUACGAGAAGAUGACCUAUUCCUCUAAGAUAGCUGCCAAGCGCACUAACCUCCGGAGACAGCUGCAGAUGGAGGAUCACAUGGAUGAACAAGCUUUACAUGCUGAGAAUCAGCGGCUUCGAGACCUGCAUGAAAGCACUUUCUGGAAAAUUGCUGUCACCAAAGAUAAGCAAGCUGAGAGAGACAACCUGGCCACCUACAUUGAACAGAAGCGACAAAUGUUUCUGAUCCAGUAUGCCCUGGAUAUGAAGAAAGAGGAGAUUCUGAGACUGGAAAUGUUGGCCACCAAAGAAGAGAUGAAGCUGGAGAAGGCGGAAAAAUUCCUAGAGAAGGAUGCAACUCUGUUUGAUGAGUUCCUGAAGGAGAACGAUAGGAACUCCGUACAGGCCAUGAGAAUAGCUGAGAAGGAGGCUAAAGCCAAGAUGGAGAAGAUCAUUGAAAUUCGAGAUAUCACAGCACAAAUCUUAAUGAUUAAAAGUGAGAUCUCCAAGUUUGAAGACAACGUCCAUAUUUUCAAAAUCUAUAAGGAUUUCCUCUAUAAGCUGUCCCCCAGGGAGUGGCUGAUGACCCAUGCCAGGAAGCACUUGACCCAUGCUGCUACCAAGAUGAGCUUAGCUGCCCAUAAAGAUAGUAUUCCAUUUUUGCCCAUGGAAAAAGAAACACAAUUCCUUAGGAGCAGUCAGUCAACCGAUUUGAUCAUCCCCCUGAGACUCUCGCCCCCUGCAUCUAUACCUGACUUGAUUAUCAGCAAGGAAGGCAAGGCCUCUCCCACAUCAUCCUCAUCCCAGGAAUUACAGCCCCUAUUCAGACUCAGUCCUCAGAAAAAACAGUCCAGUACGACAAUGUUCUCAGCCAAAACAGAUGAAACUGAUAGUGAUGAUGAGCUGGACCUGUACUUCACAGAACCCCAACAGCUACUGGACAUUUUCUCUCACCUGGAGGAGCAGAACCUCUCUCUGAUUCAGAACUCCCAGGAGACAGAGGAGGCCCUGGACGAGAUCAACCAUUCCUUGAGAAACACACAAAACAAAAUGGAUCGAGACAUCAACCAGCUGAAGCUGUUGUCAUCCACACUAAUGUCAUCCAUUGCUAAGGAAGAGGAGAUUGCUGCAGACUUGCAACUCAAGUCUCGUGUCUUUUCUUUUGGCGAGUACAAGGGGGAUUACCAAAGCAAGAUGUUGGCCAGUCUGAACAAAAAGGUGGUAGAGGUAUACCGUAAAUGCAUUGGGGACUGUGAGUCCAGCCUGGGCACCCUGCAGAUGCUCACCAUUAUUGAGCACCAAUUGGAUGAACUACUAGAGAAUCUGGAGAGAGUGCCAGCAUGGAAGAUCGAACAGGUUGAGAAGGCCAAAGAAAAGGAACGAAGGAUAAGGUUGAGAGAAGAGAAAAUGAAACUCCUGAAAGAGAUGCAGGAGGAGAGGCUCAAGAAAGCCCUGGCCAGGGCCCAGGCGACUAUUAAGAAAAAGACCGGCAGGAAGCUCAUGUACCGCUCGGAGCCCGUGGUCAGCAAGGUCAAGGGUGAUGAAGGUGAAACGUUUUAUGACAGGGAGAAAGAAGAACUCCUCUUCUUCUUCACUUAGCCCAUCCAUGCACACGCACACGAACACACACACACACACCGUGGAGUCAACUGAGCGCUUGGAAGAGAUGUCAAGGAUCGAAGCAAAGAGGCUGUGCUGGGUUAGUCGUAUGAAUCAGUCGCUCUUACCCCCUUUCCUGGUGUCCCUGGACCUGUGUUCUUUCUGUGCUUGUAGUUAAACUAAAUAAAAAUCCGUGCUCCUUUUGGUUGUGCAAGGAGGCCCCGUGAAACAA